CGGCGGAUUGGCCCCGCCCCGCGGCCUGCUCUGUGCCGGCGCUAUGAGGAGCCUGCGGGGUGUCUGGAGUUACGCCGCUGGACCUCGGCGUCUGCUGGGCUCCGUGAGCGGGGACAGUGCCCGAGGAUGGGGCUCGGAGCAGGAGCGGCCUGGUGCCUGUGGCCGCGGCGGAGCCGAGAGCGGCCACCCGACCGGCCUGCGGGUCUACAACAGCCGGACGAGGAGCAAAGAACCGCUGGUGCUGGCCGCGCCGGCCACUGCCUCCUGGUAUAGCUGUGGGCCAACAGUAUAUGACCAUGCUCACAUUGGACAUGCAAGCUCAUAUGUUAGAUUUGACAUCAUAAGAAGAAUAUUGACCAACAUCUUUGGCAUCGAUGUCAUCAUGGUGAUGGUUAUCACAGAUAUUGAUGACAAAAUAAUACAGAGAUCUAAGGAGUUGAAUAUUUCGCCUAAGGUACUUGCUUCCAUUUAUGAACAGGAUUUCAAACAGGAUAUGGCAAGCUUAAAGGUUCUUCCACCCACAGUAUAUAUGCGAGUGACUGAUAACAUUCCCCAGAUUGUGAAAUUCAUAGAGAGAAUCAUUUGCAAUGGCCAUGCCUAUUCUACCUCCUCAGGAAAUGUGUAUUUUGACAUCCAGUCUAUUGGUGAUCGUUAUGGAAAGUUUGUCAAAGUGAAUAAUCACACUGCUGGAGAAUUGAGUGAAACUGAUAAAAGACACAGCAGUGACUUUGCUUUGUGGAAAACAUCAAAACCAGAGGAGCCAUUUUGGCCAUCCCCGUGGGGAAAUGGCAGACCUGGCUGGCACAUUGAGUGUUCGACCAUUGCAAGCUCUGUAUUUGGAAAUCAACUGGACAUCCAUUCUGGUGGAAUAGACCUGGCCUUUCCCCACCACGAGAACGAGGUUGCUCAGUGUGAGGCCUACCACCAGUGUGAGCAAUGGGGAAACUACUUUUUACACUCUGGGCAUUUACGUUUGAAGGGAAGUGAACAAAAAAUGUCAAAGUCAUUGAAAAACUACAUCACUAUAAAGGAUAUCUUGGAAAAAUUCACAGUGAAUCAGUUCCGAAUGCUUUGCCUUCUGUCAAAAUACGGAUCAGCUGUGGAAUUCAGUGAUGCCAGCAUGAUAGAAGCUGGAGUCCUUCUCCAUUCCAUUUCCAGUUUUAUUUACGAUGCCUCUGCUUACAUGAGAGGACAAUUGAUCUGCUCGUCAGUUGAUGAAACCUUGUUAUGGGAAAGGUUAAAUGCAACUAAAGCCGAUGUGAAGGCUGCCUUCGCUGAUGAUUUUGACACCCCAGGGGCCACUGAUUCAAUUAUAAAUCUUAUUCACCAUGGCAACAGACAGCUUCAAACAGUUACCAAGGAGGAAGGUUCCCCUCGGAGCCCUGCUGUGUUUGGGGCAAUAAUUGCUUAUGUCCAACGAUUCCUGGAUGCUGUUGGUAUUUCUCUUGACGAUGGUCAGCUACUGACAGCAGACAGAUCUUCAGCUGCCCUUCACACUGUUGCUGAGCAACUGGUGGCUUUUCGCCAAGAGGUCAGGAACUAUGCUCUGGCAGUGAACGAGCAAGAGGCAGGCUCCAGUGGAGGCAGAGAGCUGAGCAAAGAAGAGGAAGAGCAACAGAAGGAGCGCAGGAGGCAGCUGAAAGUUGAACGACAGCCUCUCCUGCGAGCCUGUGACUCACUGCGGAAGGACCUCAGUGCUAUUGGAAUAAAUAUAAAGGAUAGAGGGGUGACUUCAUCUUGGGAGCUGACUUCACAACUCGCUAACAAAAGCAAAAGUGAAACUUGACUCUGCAAUCAGUGGAUCAUUGAUCAUGCAUCAGUUGAGCUCGGUGUUAGCCACAUUAAUGGUGGGCUGAGCCAAAGGGUUGAUUCAAAGUGAUUCCUAUCCCAGAUCUAUUAUCAGGGAGUUUCCUGGUCCGAGAGUGAACUUACAGGGGCUCUCCCAUGGUUUGUGUGCAGCAGUGUCGGAACACUUCCUCUCAGCCUGUUAUACCAAGCACUGCCCUCAAUGGAGAAAAUCAUUGUAAUCUAACGGGACUGUAGAAUGCUUUGUGGUCAUUAGUGGUGCUCGGCAUCAAUGUAGACAUCACUAAUAAAAGGAAAGUGAUCUUUGGUGAA